GAUACCAAGCAGCACAGCCCAGAGAAACUUUACAUAUACCUCGCAGGCUAGUCGCGUUUAACUGUAAAAGUAAAGGGAAAAUUGCAAAGCUUAUAUUUAUAAGCCGGUAUUGAAUGGCAGUCGAUGUCUUACUAAGUUUGGUGUAUUUGCUCAACGUGAUCAACAACGGUUUUCAUCGCGGUAGCCCAUAACCGCGAUGACCUGCAAAUUAAGUGGCCUGUUCAGCAUUGGCGAGGACUUUGAAGAUGAGGACCUGCUCGAGACAGACUGGGCUUCCUGCUCAGUGUCUGGACCAGCCGAUGUGGCAGCUGCUGUGUCAUCCUGUGCUCUGCGUGCCUCCUCUGUUGCUCACAGUGAGCCGGAGAAAAUUCGCCUCCAGCAAACUGGAGAGAGAUCAGCUGCCCCGUGCAAUGGCACAGCAUCAGAGAGCAGCACGCACACUGCUCCUACGGGACAAACUGUUGCUUUGGGGCUGAGGCAGCUCUCAUCUUCCUCUCAGCUCCACUCUCCCCUCCCUCCUCCUCCUCCUCCUCCUCCUCCUCCUACGCUGAAUAACUCUGAUCCAAAUCGGGCAACACAACAGAGUCACGGUCACGCCAAGGGGCUGCCGAAGCCCUGUGUGGCUCAGGAUGAUUUUGAUGACUGGGAUGUUGACCUGGCAGACCUGGAGGAAUGUGAUGGCCAAAUAGGACAGCUGCUUCAACCUCCUGCUCCACGUGUGCCCGUAGUAGAGCCAUCAGCCAAAAAGCUGCGAUCCUCGACCUAUGGAGGGAUUCAGACACUACCUGAACGGACAAUGAGGGAUCUUAGUGCAGCAUGCAAGGCUUCUAGCUCCUCUGGUCAAAACUUGGCUCCUUUUCCGUCUGUGCAACCUCCAAAUCCUCGCCCUGCUUUCCCAUUAGCACCUCCACAGAGGUCUGGUGUUUCUCCUGGCUUCACUGCAACUUCGCCAGUCCCCGCCUCUUUUUCCAGGACACUUGAGCAGAAAGCAUGUUCAACUCCAAGACCUUCCCCUCAGGCCCGCAGCCUCUUUGAGACAGUAUCCUCGGCUCCCUCUUCUUCCCCCUCUGCUAGCCCUCAUCCCCUUCACACACCAGUCCUCACCAAUCGCCUGGUCCAGCUAGUAUCAGCCUCCAAUAAGCUUCCCAAGAAGAGGCCUCGCUCAGAGCCUCACCAGCCAAGGACUCGGCGCUUCCCUGGUCCCGCAGGGCUUCUGCCACAGCAGCCUCAAGGUCAGAACCUGGAUGAGAUUGUGGUUUCUGUUCCUCAGACUCCUGCCCACGGGGCUGUGGCUCGACUACCAAGUCAGGGUUCCAGCUCACAGACUGAGGAAGAUGAGUUCGGCGGCGGUGCCUGGGUAGUGAUGAAGGCAGAGAUGGGAUUGGACGAGAGGAAUCCGUCAUGCUUCUUGCACUCCUACAGUGUGGUCAUGGUGCUUCGCAAGGCUGCACUGAAACAGCUGGCAAGAAACAAAGUGCCCAACAUGGCCGUGCUUCUGAAGAGCAUCGUCCACACACACACUGACGCCAAGGCUGUGUUUAAGGACCCGACAGGGGAGAUGCAGGGAACUAUUCAUCGGCGUCUUUUGGAGGACAGAGUGGAGGAGCUGAAGGUCGGAGCGGUGCUGCUGCUCAAACAAGUGGGCGUGUUUUCCCCCUCCCAUCGUAACCAUUACCUGAAUGUAACUUCCAAUAACCUGCUGAGGAUUUAUGCCCCUGAUGGAGUCAGUCUGUCCUCCACUCAGCUCCCCUCUCUGGUCCUGGACCCGACAUUGCUGUCACCAGCCGAGUCUCCCGGUGUCCUGCGGGAGCCAGUUUCCUGCAUGCAGCUGAUGUUUGACGAAGAGGACGACGAGGGGAAAGAUGGGGAAAGACACACAGAGGGAGACCCUCAAGCCCCAGCAGACAGCUACAACAGAGGCUCCCCGAAGCGUGCUGGAAACCCGGCACUGCAGGACCCAGGCUGGGAUGCAGACGAUGACCUGGAUGAACUGCUGGGAGAGUUGCCUGAGGACGCCUGCAGCCUCUGAUGUCAGCUUCACAUCAAACCUCAUUUAGAGACCGUCUCCCCGGACUUGCAUUAUGACUGACUGACCUUGCACACGCACCCUUGUUUUCCCCGAUGUUACCUCUUCAGAGUCACCUUGUGAAUGUCAAAAUACGAAUGAAAAUAUGUGCAGUAUAUGUUUGAUUUUUUUUUUUCCCUCCAAAACUGUUAUAAAUACAAACAGAACAGUCUUGAGUUAAUUUGAUGUAACUGUGCCGAUGCUUCGUAUCACUGAUGACCAUUAAUUCAUUACAAAAAUCAGCCUUGUUUGAUAUCUAUUAUAUAUAUAUAUUCUUAUUUGUUGUACUUACUCCACUGACCUUGAAAUAGAAGACCAAUCUAAACAGCAUUGAUUUGCUAAUUAUGCAGAAUGAAACCAAGGUGAGGCUUCUGCUGUUUUCCUGUUAGUUUUUGUCCUCACCCUCCAUUUUCAGCCUCAAGGUGGAAUGAAUGAUUUUUUUUUUUCUUUUCUUUUUUCUUACUGCUUGUUUACGGUGCAUUAAGAGGUGUAUCCGAGGUUUUUGGCUGGGGAUUGUGAGAGGUAGUCUGAGUCCCAUGUGGUUUCCUGACCAAGCAGUGUUUACCCAGCUGUGUCUGCAUCAGGGUGGAGUCGUACUGUGACUAACAGGCUCAUAUGGUGGCUUUCCCCCAACAUCUCCUCCCCAGAUCCAGACUCCUUCACCACUCCUGCCUGACUGUAACAGAUUCAGGUUAAUCCUCAUCCUCUUUCUCACUUUGAGUAUGAUGCAGCCGCUCAAAUUGCCUGGUUUAAGUUCAAAAGAGAGAACAGGGAUGAUGAAAUGGGUUGUAUUUGCAGUUUCUCAACUUAGCUGUGUGGUUAAAUAAGUACAUUUACAGUGCAGUCUAAGUAUUUGGACAGUUACACAUGAUCUGUUUGCACUCUGGAUUUCUGCACAUUGGAUUUCUAAUGAACCAGUAAAUGGGAGGGAAAAGUAAUGACUUUCAGUGUAAAUGUAAGGCUGAUUACAUUGUAGCCUGUCACUGCCCUAAUGGAUCAACUGAUGUUUCUUUCCAGAAGUGAUGUUCUGCUUUACUUUA